AAAAUAUAAUUAAUAUUAACAGAAUGCAAACACUGUGUGAAAAAAUAUUACGAGUUGUAGGUUGUUUUGUUUCUGUAAACAAACUUCUGUUAGCAUUCAGAAGCUAGCUAGUUAGCUAAUGUCAAAGUGUUCACGCCUUCUCUGAUGUUUUUAAUCCGAUUUCUGGAUGAAUAAAAUAUAUUUCUGAAUAGUAUAGCUAUUAUUUAGAGUUUAGUCUGUAGUUUUAGGCAGGUCACGGUGUUGUUAACGCACUAGUACUAGUAAGUUGUAUAUUAUACGUGUGGACUGUGUGACAUUGCAUGCUAGUUGUCCAAAUCUUGCAUGAGAUUGAGAACCAGGUUUCCUUUAUUAUCACUGCAAUGAAAUUGGUUAGCAGUCCUAGUUGUGCAUUGACACAACAAAACAAGAAGUAGCAAAAGCAAAACAUAAAUCUGUCCAAUCUGGAAAAUUCUCAAAGGUUUAUGAGCGUUGUGAUCCCUGCUGCUCUUUAAGAAAAAGACAUAAGUUGCUCUUUUCCACACACACACUUGCAGCAGACAUGUUGAAAUCGGUCCAGCGUGCUCCCCUGUGCAGCAUCAGCGCUCGUCUGCAUUGCACGCCUGCUCUCAGACUCAGCAGUGGAGCAGGACUUGGCAGGUCUGAGGCUGCAUGGCUCGAGUCACUCUUCACAUGGCUCCAGAAAGCAGGAAGACGCUGUGGUGGUGAGACCGUCCCUGGAAAGAAGACGCGAGAAGGGCUGCUGUCUAUUCUGGCUGACCACUGCAGCUUUGUGACCGGACAGAGACUGAGGCGAGCGUUGCAGAUCGCAGAGCUUUACUCCAACCUGUACUCGGAGAGGAGCAGGUGGACGCUGGUGGGCAGCAUAUGGCGCCGACUACAGAACAAGCAAGCCCCGGCUGGCAAACUGCUGGCUGCCCUCGCCGGGGUUUUCCUGUGGGAGGACGCGAAGAUAAGAGACGAUGAGAUGAGGAGGUGUGUGUGGGAGCUCCAGGCUCUGGAUGUUGUAAAGCAGCAGGCCACUGUGGGGAAGGCGAGUGCUCAGGCUGAGGUUGGCUGGGAAAUUGUGAUGGAGGAGAAGACCUUUAAAGUGUGGAGGAGACCAGUCGAAGGAAGCCAUCUGUUUGAGUACCGAGUACUUGGUUCCUACACUGAUGUUACUCCGAGACAGUUCUUCAACGUUCAGUUGGACACUGAAUACAGGAAGAAGUGGGACGCACUGGUGAUCAAACUGGAAGUGGUGGACCGGGACCUGAACACGGGGUCAGAGGUCAUCCACUGGGCCACACAUUUCCCUUAUCCGAUGUACUCCCGAGACUACGUGUACGUGCGGCGCUACGAAGUGGACAUGGAGAACAACCUGAUGAUUCUGGUGUCCAGAGCCGUGGAACAUCCUGGAGUUCCCGAGAUACAUGAGUUUGUCCGAGUUCGCUCGUAUUGCUCCAGGAUGGUCAUCCGACCCCACAAGUCCUUCGAUGAGAAUGGAUUUGACUAUCUGUUGACGUACAGCGAUGAUCCUCAGACAGUUUUCCCUCGUUACUGUGUGAGCUGGAUGGUGUCCAGCGGCGUGCCUAGUUUCCUGGAGAAGCUGCACACAGCUGCUCUCCGAGCGAAGAACCACGAGGUUGGCGUUCAUGACUAUGUGGGCAUGAAGCAGGUGCAGCAGGCCUCUCCGGAGCGGCUGGAGGAGGGAACACGCACGGCAGGAUCCUCCCAUAUUUAUGCCUGAGAAACCAGCUAGCCAGAUGUGCAAGUGGAGGGCAAUUCAUAAGACCUAAGAGACACCUUGGGUUUGAUUCCGAAUGAGGCUGUGAUGAGAGAGAGAGAGCACGCUUUGCCUCUUACUGUGAACCUGCAGGCAGCAAGUGAGAAUCAAACACACUGCUGCUAAUGCUGCUGCCAAAACACCUUUCUCUCCUACACUCUGCGUGUGUGUGUGUGGUUAUCUCAUUGUGAGAUCAGGAACUUGGAACUGAUACAGUUGGAAUUAUUUAGCUUGAACAAGUGAGUCAGAAUUGGAAAAAUCUGCGUCAAUUCACUCAGCUGUGUGUUUAUUGCUCCUGGGCGUUUUACUUUCCCGAACUACAUCUCAGGAAAAGAAAGAAUAAAUAAAAUGGAGAGGGAGAGAAGAAGGGCAUGUGAUCGCCGCCAACAAACUCACCAAAGCUAGCAGUGCAUUUUCUCACAAGUGGCAAAAUAUUCAGGUCGAAUCGUCCUAAUUCACUGAAAUGUAUUUUCAUUCAUACAGCCUCGUUUCCAAAAAAGUAGUGACACUGUGUAAACUAAAUAAAACCAAAGUGCAGUGAUUUGCAAAUCGUGGAAACCUUAUAUUUUAUUUAAAAUAGUAGAACGACAACAUGUCAGAUGUUGAAAUUGGGAAUUUUUUUUUUUUGAGAAAUAUAUGCCCAUUUAGUGCCAGCAAUAUGUUUCAAAAAAGUUGGGACAGGAGCGAGAAAAGACUGGGAAAGUUGAGACACUAAUUAGGUUAAUUAGCAACAGGUCAGUAAUAUGAUUAAGGGCAAGAGACAAGGCUGCAAACUGACAUUGGAUGCCUGUGAUCUUCAGGUGACGCUGCGUUAAAAGCAGACACGUCUGUAGUGGAAAUCACUGUAUGGGCUCAGGAACACUUCAGAAAACCAUUGUCUGUGAAAACACUUCAUUACUGCAUUCACAAACGCAAGUUAAAACCAGAUAUAAACAAUAUGCAGAAACACCGCCACCUUCUCUGGGCCCGAGCUCUUUUACGAUGGACUGAGGCGAAGUGGAAAACUGUCCCGAGGUCUGAGGAAUCAAAAGUAGAAAUUCUUUUUAGAAAUCAUGGACACCGCGUCCUCCAGGCUAAAGAGGAGAGGGACCAUCUGGCUUAUUAUCAGAGCACAGUUUGAAAGCCAGCAUUUGUGAUGGUAUGAAGGUGCAUUAGUGCACAUGACCUGGGUAGCUUGCCUUCCCAGAUGUACAUCAUUAAUGCUGAAUGAUAUAUAGACGUUUCAGAGCAAUAUGCUGCCAUCCAGGCAAAAUCUUUUUCAGGGAAGGACUUGCUUAUUUCAGCAAGACAAUGCCAAACCACUUUCUGCAUGUAUUAAAACUGCAUGGCUGUGUAGUAAAAGAGUCCAGGUGCUAAACUGGCCUGCCUGCAGUCCAGACCUGUCUCCCAUUUAAAACAUUUGGUGCAUUAUGAAGCACAAAAUACGACAAAGGAGACCCCAAACUGUUGAGCAACUGAAAUUGUAGAUCAGGCAAGAAUGGGAUAACAUUUCUCUUUCAAAACUACAGCAAUCAGUCUCCUCAGUUCCCAAAUGUUUACAGUGUGUUGAUAAAAGUAGUAGUGAUGCAACAGCGUGGUAAACAUGCCCCUGUCCCAAUUUUUUGGAAACGUGUUGCUGGCAUCAGGCAACAAGGUGGUGCAGUGGUUAGCACUGUCACCUCACAGCAAGAAGGUUCCAAGUUCAAACCUCAUGGCUCAUGUGUGGAGUUUGCAUGUUCUCCCCGUGUCUGCGUGGGUUUCUUCCGGGUGCCCCGGUUUCCCCCACAGGUCAGAGACAUGCAGAUUAGGUAAAAUACCCAGCCACUGGGGUUGUGCAAGCCAGUGCAUACUUGGUGCCAGUCCCAAGCCCAGAUAGACUGGGGAGGGCUGCGUCAGGAAGGGCAUCUGGUGUAAAACCUGUGCCAAAUCAAAUACGUGGAACAGAUCCGCUGUGGCGAUCCACUAUCGGGAGCAGCUGAAAAAAGAAGUCUUUAUAUUAUUUUUCAAUGAAAUACAGGGUUUCCGUUAUUUUGUAAAUCAUCACUUUUGUUUUUAUUAUUCAUAUUUUACACAGCAUCCCAACUUUUUUGGAAACUGUGCCAGAUAGCAGACACUUGCCUUCUUCAGGUCAUGUGUGGAGACUGAGAGUUAAGACAAAUCAUCCUUACAUUAUGGAUUAUUAUAUUUCCAGCUACACGUCCUUUGAAAUUCUCUGAAUUGUAUAGAUGUUUUCCUUCUUUUACCCAGAAGACAUGCAAACACUUGCGCACACACGGCUCAUUCUGCUGCCUUUGCGUAAUGAAUAGUUCAGAUGCGCAUUUCCCAGAAAGUGGAGAAACAUUUCAGCUUUGGAGAAAUAUUUAACAACCCAUGAGACCCUUUGAACGCGACUAAUCGUAAUCCUUUCUGCUUGGAGAAGUGGUUUGGGUUUGGAAAACUCUACGAGACUUGUGCUGCCUUUUCACAUCUCACACUUUUUUCUGCUUCACGACAGCAGCACUAACGCACACAUUAACACUCUGAUCCUUACGUUAUCAAACCGGCUCCUCUUGAGGAAGUAGGAGACGUGUCCUAGUGACCACUAGUGCACUACACUUCCUCUGCUGCGACAAACAGCUGCGUCUGUUUUCACUGUCUUUCUCUUGGUUUGGCGUCACACCGUGCCUGUGCUUAUUACUGCUGAGCACUCAGAGCUUUCAGCUGAUUGGCUGGAGGACGAUGUGUCUUCACUCCAGGAGCGUUUACUUGCAAGAUAGUUAUCGGCGCAUUAAUGAUAUUUGGAUAGCUGAGAUCGUUUUCACCGGAUGAACAUUAAGACACCAGGUGUUUAAGUUAAACAGAGCUUUACUGGUAUGGAGAUCAAUUUCAGACCUCAAUAAACACCAUUUAUAUUUAUAAGCAUUUAUAAUUAAACUUAACAGUAAAACAAAAUAAAAAAAAACAACAAAUGGUAAAGGUGAAGUUUUGCUUGCGUCAAAGCAUCAUAAGUUCGAAUCCUGGCGUCUCUCAUGUUUGUCCAAGAGAGAAAAAAAAUGAAAGAAUAUUUUGAUAUCAGGAAAAAAGUGACAUGACACGAGUUAGUGUGUCGCUGUGUUGGUUUUAAACUGUUUGAUGGAACUGAACUUUGGAUGGUGAUCUGAUGUAACUGUGAACCAACCAGUGAGGAACAACGUCGAAGGAUUAAUUUUUAAUGAGUUUCCGAGUCACGAGUGAGGGGGAAAAAAUUAAUCUUCACCCAUAAGUAAGGUAACAGCACAGCAAAGUGCUUCCUAACAGAUUUCUGACACGGUGUUCUCAUUUGACGUGAUGUUACUAAUUUAAUUUGUGGCAUUUCUCAGAAAUGUGUGGGUUUUUUUUUUUUUGAAUAGUUAACAUGUAUACAGUACCAGUGAAAAGUUUGUACGCCCCUACUCUACUCACUCAGGUUUUUCUGUAUUUUGACUAUUUCUUCAAAAAGUUCUCGGCCUUACCUGGAAACAAGGGGCGUAAUUAACUCCCAUUUUGGGGUGUAACUGUAUACUAUAAAGCCUUGUAUCACUGUCCACCAAAGCUCAAAUGAAAAAAGGAAAGGAAAGAAAGCUUUGAGUUGGCGUGCUGUUGCUCCAGGACAAUGCCCUCGUCCAAACAGCACAGAUAGCAGGGGUAGAAGCAACCAAAUGUGGCUUUGAACUGUUGCCCCGUGCACCUUACUCACCCGACCUGGCACCGUCUGACUUCUGUCUGUUUCCCCAAACUGAAAUCCUACUCGGAAAUGUGGUCGCCAUUUUCAGAGCGAUGAUGAAGUCAUUCAUGCUGUCAAGGAGGAUCUGGAGGCUCGAGAUACGACCUUCUACCUCUCCAAAGUGAUAGUGAAGCUUGAACGUCGGUGGACCGAGUGCGUGAAGUUAAAGGAGACUAUGUUGAAAAAUAACGCAAGAACAUGUAAGAUCUUUUUCCUGUGACGUUUGCUGGGUGAGGCUGAGAACUUUUUGAAGUACCCUUGUAGAACAAGACUGAAGACAUCAAAACUAUGAAAUAACAUUUAAUGGAAUUAUGUAGUUUAAAAAAAAAAAGUUUGAUAUUUUAGAUUCUUCAAAGUAGCCAGCGUUUACCUCGAUGCUUUGCACACAUCAUCUUAACCAGCUUCAUGAGGGAGUCACCUGGAAUGCUUUACAAUUAACCGGUGUGCCUCGUCAAAAGUUAAUUAAUGGAUGAGUUUCUUUCCUUCGUAAUGUGUUUGAAAUCAUCAAGUAGUAAAUAAUAAAAAUGCAAAUAAUAAAUAAAAUAGCCCUAUUCCAUCCACAACUGUAGUAAUCCAUACAUAUUACAUCAUAUUACACUUGACUAAAGAGAAACGACAUCCAUCAUUACUUUAAGACAUGAAGUGUCUUUUAAUUCAUAAAAUAAAAAACAUUGAAUUAGAAGGUGCGCCCAAACUUUUGAUUGGUACUGUACGUGUUCAGUCUCCCUCCAUUUCAUUCAGCUCUGAUACAUCUCUCUCAUUCAUUCAUUCAUUCUUUCAUUAUCUACAGUAUAUCGCUUAUCCAUUGUGGGUCGCAGGUGAGCUGGAGUCAAUCCCAGCUGACUUCAGGCGAACGGCGGGGUUUAUCCUGGGCAGGUCGCCGGUCUAUCACAGGGCUAACACAGAGACGAACAGCCAUUCACACUCACAUAUGCACUUAUGAGGAAUUAAAGUAGACAGUUGACCUAAACCGCAUGUCUUUGGACUGUCGAGAAAACCGGAUCACCCUGAGGAAACCCAUACAGGCACGAGGAGAACAUACAAACUCUACACGGAAAUCAGCCGCAUGCUGGCCACCCUGUCAGCCUCUAAUACAAAUUAUUCUAUCCAUAUUCACUGGAUAUGAGCAAUCGUGCACUCUGAUUGGCUACUCUACUACUAGGCUAUCAGCUCAUAUACUGUGAGUAGAGAAAAACAAAAUGGCGGCGCGUGUUGCUGAACCAACUGAGGAUGAAAUAAAAACUCAAAAACAAAACCCCAAAAAUACAUUAAAAAAGGAAUAAAAGUAUUUUAUGGUAAGAACAUAUAUUUUUUAAAAAGAAUUAUUAUAGCAUUUUCCACAAAUCGCUUGUGUCAUUUCGCCAGCUUGUUUACAUUCUAAGCAAAAAUGAUUUUGCCAGAUGUUUUGUAUAAAGUUUUUAUUUAUUGAAUUUACAAAAAAUAAAAAUGCUUCUUUUCUCAAAAUCCAGUGAAUGUGGAUAGAAUAAAACAGUUAUUCCACUCAGUCUCGUGGCUUAUACAUGGCUUAUAGCCAUCAGCUCAUGUACAACUCAAUUUCGUGGAAUAACUGUUAAAUAUUCUCUGAUCAUAUCCCUUUUUUUUAAAACACUAUCAGUAUUCAAGCCUUGAGCGCGGCUUUUUUCUUCGUAUUAAUAGUCGUGAAACAAGUUUAAAAUUCGUGAUGAGAAUAUUCCUUCUGUUAAUGUAAAUAACACAUCAGGGUAAAUCCAAAUUGAGAUGACUUGAGAACAUUAAUGACUUUAAACUAUAGGAUUAGCGUGCAAACACUUAUCCUGAGUAUCACGUUCGUCCAUCCAUCCAUCCAUCCGUCCAUCCAUUAUCUGUAGCCGCUUAUCCUGUUCUACAGGGUCGCAGGCAAGCUGGAGCCUAUCCCAGCUGACUACGGGCGAGAGGCGGGGUACACCCUGGACAAGUCGCCAGGUCAUCACAGGGCUGACGAGCUCACGUUCAUAUUUGCGUGAAUUAAAGACCAAUGUUUCUGAUCAUUAAAUCUGUAAAUGAUCUCACACUCUGUUAGAGUUUGUAUGAAGAUGUGCUGGGAUUCACUGGACUGAUAGAAAACAUUGUUUUUCUGAACUGUCAAAAGGUUUGUGUGUGUGUGUGUGUGUGAGAUCGGCUUCUAGUCAGCAGGUUUGGGUUUUUUUUUUCUCUCCUAGACUCGGACUUUCGCCUAAACUCCUGCUAUUUGAUGUCUCGGUAGACUGAAUGUUCUCAACCUUGUCCUGACUGCUGUGACGUUUUUAAUCACAUAAAUGAACCAUAAUUCUGAAACAUAAUUAAAAAAAUGCUAACGUAUAAAUAUUCUUAGGCAAGAUGCUGUUUUAAAGCAGAUACAGUGAGGUGAAGAGUUAAAGCUUUGCCAGGUAUGUGCUUGGUGAUUAUGUAAAGGCUUUGAAGGUCGGUUGGUUGAUUUUGAUUUUUUUUUUUCCCUUACAGAUAUAGUAUUUUAUUUCUGUUUCAGUAGCAUUCCUAGAGCUGUGUGGAUGACCAUUAUCGAUUAUCAAUUCUCCAGAAUAAUCAACAUUACCCUGUCAGAACUUGAAAUGAAAGUUAGGUCAGUCCAUAUAUAUAUAAUUUUUUUUUUUUUGCAAUAACAGAGACGGAUUUCAAAUCGCAAUAUUUGUCAAUGCAGAAGUUGCAUGUUGAAUUUUCUUGUCUUCAGGCCCUCUUUGUUCAACAUUAAAACAUUUCAUCUCAUUCAUUUCAUUUACUUGUGCAGAAAUCCAUAGGAACUGGUGUGUUAGUGAUUUCUUGGGGGGGGGGAAUUAACUCAACAUGAACUCUUGGCUUGUCUGAUCGUAGAGAACCUAAAAUUCAAAUUCUGCUUUGAAUUGGACUCAGUUCAUUUUUUUGAUUGAUUGUUUUUUCUUUCUUUUUCCUGUAGAGCUUGGAAAGGAAAUGUAGGUAGGAUUAGUAUUGUAGUUAUUUUUUAUAAUAAACUCCAAUGUUAUCACAUUAAUAAUUCAUACUUGUUGUUGAACCCAGAUUGUCAGAAUUAAGCGAGGCCAAAACCAAAAACAGUUUUCUAUCAGUUUUGAGUGUGUGUGAUUUUUUUUUUUUUUUCCUAAAAGUACAGAUUUUUUUUUAAUGUUUUCUAGAUUUAUUUGUCUGUUUUCAAAAUUGUACUUGCCAGUCAAAGCAGAAGAUGAACUCCUGUUUAAAGCAUGCGAUAAAUAUGGAUUUGUAUUUGUGGAAAUUGUCACCUCUGUUGUCCAAAUGGUUGUUUAAUUUGCUCCACUUCAGAUUUCACACACACACAUAUGACUGCUCGUGUGUGUGAGAACCUCCUCUGAAGGUUUGCAUGCAUUUCUUUUGACUUUAAAGAUGUCUCUUCAGUGGUGCUUAAGAAGAAAACACUCAGCUUAUGAAUGUAACAGUGUUUUGGGUUUCUUUUAUUUAUUCGUAUUUUUUUGCUGAGUGAUUCAUCCCUGAUGCAACCCCAGACUGAAAUCAUGAGUGGUUCUUUCUUCGUUAAUUGCUGUGUAUGUGUGUGAUGGUGAAUUUGAUGAGGCAGGAAGUGUCAACUGUAUGUUAUGGUUUUUGGGUGUUUUUUUUUUUUGGUCAUGUAACCCAUCUCACUGGUGUUUAGUAACAAUACAUCAUUUUCAUUUAACA